AUGCGCCGAACCCACCAACCCGUCACCGUGGCAGUCACUCUGGCAAGCCUCCCGAGACCGCGGCUCUCCGCGCGGAUACCUAAAACACAGUCGAUAUGGAAAGCAGGUAGCACUUGCGCCGGCCGGGGAGCCAGAUGCGUCUCGACAGACACCUCGAACAAACUCGGCCUAGGGAGACCAACCCAUGGCAUUGCCCCCGGGAAGGUGGCGCCCAACGAGAUGAUGGCCACGGUACCUGGUUCCUCGACACUGGGUGUGCCAGAAGCGACAAAGGAGAAGUUUAAUAAAGUCUUGGGUCUGCAGCCAGAGCAGCACGAGAAGGAGCUCUACGCCAUCUUCAAGGCGGAUUCUCUGUCGAGGUUCUACGUGCCUGCCGUAAUGAUGGGGCACGACUCACCGCCGCCGCCAUCAUCGAGGAUGGUACACAUCCUGGGGGCAGACGAAAAGACCAAAUUUAUAUCGCAUGCGCUACACGGAGUUUACGACUCGGUGCAGACGCUCAACAUACCGAAGGACACGCGCUAUAUGAACGUCACUGGUAAUGUGAGCAAAGAUUCUAAAUGGAAGGAAAAGGCACCCUGGAGUGAUCGCAACCAUGCGAUUGCAGAGCGUUCGGAAUCUGUCGACGACGACGGCCAUAUCAGCAAUCUUAUCGUGGGCGGACGGCCCGCCCAGGUACUCGAGGUGUUGGGCAAGGUCCGGCACCGCGUGGACGACCGGACGGCCAUCUGCUAUAUGUCAGACGGGCUUGGAGUUGCCGAGGCCGCGAACAACAAGUACUUCCAAGAUGAGGAAAGGAGGCCCUCCAUCGUUCUCGGGCAUUUCAGCAGCCCAGUCGCAUAUAAUAGGAAUUCGAAGUCGGUGCGGGUCAUGCAACCAGACUACGCCACAUCACUCACGGGGGUGCGACCGCUCGUGGAGGGUAGGGACGAAUACCUCUCGGAAACGGCAUGGCUUAGGACGCAGUCUAUGCUGCAGAAGUUUGCGACGGCGGACCUGCUCAAGGCGCAGGGGAUGCAGCUCGAAAACUGGAUGAAGGUCAAGAUUCCGGCGCUGAUGUUCUCGGCCGUCGCAGAGCCGAUCUGUGUGCUUCUGGAUAGGCCGUACAAGGACCUCACUAGAAAUCGUCAUGCCAAUUUGCUGAUGGACCAGCUUUUGGAGGAGAUUGCGGAUGUGGUGGCGAUUAUGCCGGAGGUAAAGCGGUCGCCGGAGCUGCAAAACAUGCUACGGAGGGGGUACAUGAAGAAGAUGAUCAUGAGCCAACUCUGGGGGAAGAAGGAUGCACCAAGCAGGAUGGCAUUACAAAUCCGGAGAGGGGCGCUUACGGACAUCGACUAUCUGAAUGGGUUCUUCAUACAGAGGGGUGAGAUGGCGGGCCUGAAGUUGCCUGCGAAUAAAAUGGCCGUCAGUAUGGUGAAGGCAAAGCACAAGACCGUCUGGAGAAAGACUCAGUCGUAUGUUCAUGUAGAGGAGACUUCAAGGCGGAAAAUGGACGACUCCGAGCUUGACCAGAUUCGCAAGGCCCGCCUUGAGCAGCUCAAGGCGCAGGCCGGGGCUGGAGGAGGUUCCGGCGGCGGCGGCGGCGGCGGUUCCCAGCAGAAGCAGGCCGAGCAGAGGCAACAACAAGAAGCCGAAGCGAGACAGCAGAUCCUCAACCAGAUCCUCCACCCCGAGGCCGCGGACCGGCUGGGCCGCAUCCGCCUCGUCAAGGAGCAGCGCGCGCAGGACGUCGAGAACAGGCUCAUCAUGCUCGCGCAGUCGGGGCAGCUGCGCAGCAAGGUCACCGAGGCGCAGCUCAAGGAGCUCCUGGCCGCCGUCGCGGAGAACAAGGAGGAAGAGAAGAUUGUGGUCAGCCGGAGGAAGGGAUGGGACGACGACGAUGACGACUUGCUGGAUUUGUGA